AUAUUAGCCAUUCAAAGUACAAUAUAAUUCCAUUAUAAAUUGAUAUACUAUCUUGGAAAGCAUUGGUAAGCUUUCAAAUGACUAUUAAUGAUUCAAUUAAGCUAUGAUUUUUUAUAUAAAUUGCUACCUUCUCAUAGUGUACAUUCAAUAUGCUUCAAGUCAAUACGUUAGACCUCCAGAUAAUUUAGCAGCUACUUUUGCCACUGAAUUAAAUUCAUUAAAUGUAUCUAAACCUGCCUUCAAAAUCAAAGGAAUCUCACAACAAUUGGAUAAUUAUUACCAUGUUGGUGUAGUUUUUUGCUAUAGCAAUAACAAUAACACACUUACUGGUGGAACAAUACAAACCCAAUCUGGUAUAUCAACACUUUGUGCACAAUUGUCUGAUCAAAUUGAUGAUGCAAAUAUACUUUUGAAAACAUUUAAAAUUGCUCUCUAUUUAAUAGAUUGCUUUUUAAUACAAAGCGCCUUUCCUGGUUCCUUAUAUGACUUGGAUAUUGUUACUGGUGUAACCAAAAAUUUACAGACAAAGAUUGGUUUUCCUGUUAUAAUCAUUUUCAUUGACAAUAAUCUUCAAAAUCGAUGGCAGUUGACAUUCAACUAUAGUUAUCAUCCCUGUGAAUCCCUUUAUUUCCUCUGGAAUAAUCAACAAAACAGUUAUGGGACAAAUAUCCGAUAUUUGGCCGGUAACGUGCUUUCUAAACUGUAUAAUGCAGACAAACCAGCUUGUAACAAAUGUAACCUCGAGUGUUACCAUGAAUUAGCUACCAAAGAUUGGUCUUACGUUAAAAAUGAACAUAUCACCUGUGUUGUUGACAAUAUCAGGCAAAGUUACUCAUCAAGUAAGUGUUUUAAAACACUCCCAAACUAUACCAGUCGACCGUAUUGUGGAAAUGGUAUUAUUGAACAUGAAGAAGAGUGUGAUUGUCUAAUCAAAGUGCCUAAAAACUGUGAAUUAAACAAGUGUAAGCUUUUUGGGUGCACAAAAACCAUUAAAAUACCCAAACAAUCAGAUGAUUUACUUGUUAUAUUUGCCGUAGCAACACUAUUUGUGGUCGUCGCCAGUGUUUUCAUUUCUAUGUUUUGUGCCAUGAAACCAAAAUCUAAAUCGAAAAAAGUAACAGGAAAAUUGGCUGAAAAAUCAACAGAAUAUCCACCUGGGAUUCACUCAGAUAAUCUUGGUUUAUAUUAUGCUUCAACAGAUAAAGGAAUGAAAAAUGUAAAGACCCAAAUGGUUUCAAGUUCCCUGUCAUUAGUAUCAGUAAUUGUCAGUGACAAACCGAAAUCUAAAAUAAAAAGCAGUAUUCUAUUGAAGUCCAAGUCGAAUAUCGGUCUUAAUCUUAAAAGUAAAUCACAAAGCCAAAUCAGAAAAUCAAAAACCAAACUAAAAAGAGAUAAAGAAUCAAAAACUAAGCUAACGAAAACUGCACCAUCAAAGACUCAGCUACCAAAAACGGGACCAUCAAAGACUCAGUUACUCAAAGCUGAGCCAGAUAAAGCUCAAACAUCGAAGACUCAGCUAUUAAAAACUGAACCAAUGAAGACUCAGCUAUCAAAGACUCGACUAUCAAAGACUCAACUACCAAAAACUGGACCAUCAAAGACUCAGUUACUCAAAGCUGAACCAAUGAAAACUCAAACAUCGAAGACUCAACUAUCAAAGACUCAGCUAUUAAAAGCUGAACCAAUGAAGACUCAGCUAUCCAAAACUCAACUACCGCAAACUGGACCAUCAAAGACUCAAUUACUCAAAGCUGAACCAAUGAAGACUCAAACAUCGAAGACUCAAAUGCCAAAAACUGACCUAUCAAAGACUCAACCAUCAAAAACUAAACUACCAGAAGUCAAAACAAAUAAACAAAAAUAAAAUAAUUUUGUUGCCGAUGUUUAUAACCAUGACAAUAUUUGUAGCAAAAUCAAUAAAACGGGUUGAUCAGCAGUGAAGAAAAAUUAUUUGAUAGUGUCGAGGUGAUUAUCAUCUUUUGAUUAGCAACUCAUCAUCUAUGAAAUUAUCAAUUGAUUAUCUAACUGUUAAACUAAUUCAUUGUCGAUUUAUCAGUCGAAUUUUUGCUUCUAGUAAUCAAUUUAUAAAUGCCAAUAACUUCCCCAAAAUACGAAAAUUAUAAGAUCUUAACUCUAUUGCUCAUUAAAUUAGUUGAUCAGAUGGAA